CUAAUUCUAGUUUUUGAAUUUUUCUAACAAUCUCGCUGCUGCGCUGGAUCUCUCGUCUCCCGCCGCAUCGCCGGCGCACCUCGUCGCCGGGUGGUCAACGAGCUGUGCCUGUCCUGGCUUGAGCUCUUAUCUUCUCCUCUCACGAAGUCCCGCUUUGUUCGCCGCCUCGCUCUUCCAUAUGCGAUGCAGCCAGAGCCAGUAAGAUAAGUGGGAAACUGACUGUACAUACUUGAGUGGGAAAGUUAGUUAGUUAACCAUCUGCAUCAAAAAGCCUCCAGAAUGCUCCUUGAUAGCUGUAAUUUGACUGGAACAACCCACUAUCAAAUCCUUUCAGUGAAGGAAGACGCCAACUAUGAUGAGAUCCGAGCAGGAUACAAGGCUGCCAUCCUCAAUUCUCAUCCUGAUAAACUGCACAUGAAUACAAAAGAAUCUCAGCUUGACCAUGAAUUGCAAGAAAGAUUUCUGUCUGUUCAGAAAGCAUGGGAGGUACUUAGUGAUCCAACAUCCAGAGCAAAUUAUGAUAUGGAGUUGCAAUCUUCCAGACAGAAACUUGAAGCUGUUGCUGAUGAAGUCACAUUAGAGGAGAUGACUAUAGAAACCAUUGGUGAUGCUCAGGAGUUCUUUUAUCAAUGCAGAUGUGGUGAUUAUUUCUCAGUUACACCCUCAGAGCUUGAUGAGAUUGGUUUGCCACUAAAUAUAAAUAUAAAUGGAGAUGUAGCAUCACAGUCUGCUACUGGUUUGCAACCAGCUGCUGUUCUUCUACCUUGUGGUUCUUGUUCACUCAAAAUCCGAUUAAUACUGCAUUCCGUGCCUUGAAAUUUUCAUCUAACUGUCUUGGUUCCUCAUGAUCAACUGCAUCUACUAUAGUGGUACAAGAGUUCGAUGAAAAUUUCAGAUCCCUGAUGAUGUAGAUCAACAGUAAACACUCUUUGACACUUACAGAAAGGGAUUCUUUGAAGAGAUUGCUCCUGUCUAGAACUGGAGUCACCAACUCUUCUCGGGUAUUGCAAAUUGAUGUUUCUAUAGAAUUGCCAGGUCAGAUUACUAAGAUUAUUUUCAAUGUAUUUGUCUCAAGUUUUGAAUUAUAUAGCAUCUUAUAUAGCUGAUCAAUGUUGAUCUCGUUUAAAUUAGUCAAUUGUUCAUACAUGAUAUAUUGUAAAAUCAUUUGUGAACACUUGGAGUAUUUUUGAAGUUUGGUGUGUUACGAAAGGUGUCAAUUCAGGUUAAUGCGUGAUGCGUCAUAAACAUGCUGUUGUCAACCUGUAUUCAUUAGAGAAAUUUCGCUAACACAAAUACAGAUAUUUUGUAGUUUACAUGACAUGACGUAUGUAUCUUACAUGAUACAAUGAACAUAACAUGAUUGAUAAACGGAUAACAUAGUGUCUACUAUUUCCAUGUGAACUGGAAAAAAAAAAACUGAAAUUGCGUAUAUACCCAUAUAAAGUUAUCAUUGUUAAAUGCAAACUAAUCAUAUUAUGCAGUUUAAUUUUCAAUCAAAAGCGUAAACCAAUACAAGAAGAGACUUGUGUUUAUAUAUUCUAAAGUCUUGGUAUUGCGAGUUACUCUAAUACUUUAUUUUAUGUAGACCCCUCAAAAGUCAUACUCUUAUAUAAAUAGAGAUAUUUAUACAUGUAUGUAUACUCUUGAGCCCAAUCAAUCAUCUAUUAUCAUUAGAAAAUAAAUAAAAAAAUAA